AAACUGUCAUAAAUUUUUCUAGUCUUUGGUGAAAAAAUUCUUACUGACAUCGCGGCCGAGGUUAUUUUAUCAACUUAAAUGAUAAUAAAUGCAAUUUAAUUGAUAAAUAGUCAUUUCAAUACCUUGUUCUUGAAGUAAUUGCGUGAUUUGUGAUGAAUUUACAAUAGUUUUCACGGAUAUGGUGUUUUAAUUUUGUACGUGUAGUUUGCCGGCUCGAGGCUCAAGAGUAACAAUGUGGACAGUAUGCGUGCCAGGAUGGGCUGCAGCAGUGGUGGCCGGAGCCUUGCUGCUGUACGGCAGCAUAGACGUGGCGUACUUCGCGAGGAUGAUGUACACCGUGGCUAAGGCGAGAUACUUCAAGAAGAAAGUUUGCAUCAUGGAUACUACGGAGGUUGAAGCUUGGUGCCUCGUAAACGACAUCGACACGCUUCUCUACCACAUGAACAACGCUCGCUACCUUCGAGAACUGGACUUCGCGAGGGCAGACUUCUAUGAGCGAACCGGUUUAUACGCGAACAUUAAAGCGGCGGGCGGCGCCGUGGUCCAAGCCGCUGCCACCAUCAGAUACAGGCGGUUCCUGAAGCCGUUUACUAAAUUCACUAUCACUUCUAAGGCGAUUUUCUGGGACGACAAAACAGUGUUCAUGGAGCACGAAUUUGUCGGUCCUGGUGGUUUCGUCCACGCGGUGGCUGUCUGCCGGCAACGAGUCAUCGACACCUCGGCCGCAGCUAUAGCAGAACUGCUUCUGCAGCUGCACUGUGGCGGCACCUGUCGGCAUCCGCCGGAGAAGAUGCCUCCUGAGUUGGAGCUGUGGGUACAGUGCAACGAGCUGAGUUCAGCUCGUCUUCGAGCACCAACAGCACCGUUACCAGUCUUGGAUGCUACCCACAACCUUGGCUGCGGGGAGAUGAUGCCGACAGCGACCGAGUGAAGCUAUGCUUUUCACUGCCCCAGCGAGCAACCCCAUUCACUAAAGAAGUGUGAAUGAGACAGCACUAGGGUAUGCUCGCUCGACAGUGAAAUUUUCCUCAGUCGACGCGUGGACGUCGCGCGCUAUGGACGUGUGUUGUUACAAAUUUAACGCUCAUAACUCAGCUAUUUGCGUUAAGUUUUUUAACAGGUGUCGUUUCUGAUGGACGGAUGAUUAUUUCAAGCUGAAUCCGCGGGGAUAAGCAGAGGUGCUUCUGUAUUAACAUUAAAUGUAUCUCUAUAUUUAUAAGUGUUUAAAUAAUAUAAAAUUUAAACUGAAGCUUUUAUCGUUUAUUUAAUGUUUAGAUAUUAUUUAAUCUGUUGCAGAUUGAUGUUGUUUUUGUAUAUUAAUCGUGUGUUUGUUUUUUAAUGUUUCAUCAUGUGUAUUUUCUUGUAUUACGUAAUAUUAUCUUUUAUCAAAACACGUGUUAGUGGAAGAAAAUUACUUUUUGCCUACCAUCAAUGAAUAUUUAUUAUUGAAUAUAAAACAAAAUAUCGUUAAACUAUGUGAUCUUCUAGCUAAGCUAGGUUAAACAGAUAUUUAUUGAUAAUAGAUAGGCUUGGUACACAUUGACUCAGAUAUUAUCUAGAACUCACAUAAUGACGUAUGUAAAUUAUUCAUUAACAAUUUAGGCCUUACGUCAUUCCUACCUAAUAUAGGGCAAACAUGACAGGCUUAUCGAAAUAUUUGUGUAAGAAGCUAUUCUUGGUAUUUCUCACUAAAAUAGAUAUUAUAACUACCACUUCUAUUAUAAUAAAUUUAACUUUAAUUUUAAUACAUGAUGUUAACUGGUUGCACAAGUCACUCAAUGUGUAAUAAGCCUAAAAGAUCUUCAUAAUAUUGUAAAUGUAUAUAAUUUACUGUCAUUAUCUAAUUAUGUAGUAGAAUAAAGUUUAAAUGAGUUA